UACAGGCGUGAGCCACCAUGCCCAGCCUUGAAAAGAUCUUUUUACACUGUAAAUCAGAACUUGCUUCUCCUCUGCUUAGAACUUUUCUAUGGCUUCUGCUUGCAUUUAGGAUAAAAUCCAAAAGCCUUAUUCAGUUGAGACCUUUAGGCCUUCCUGGUGGGCCUUAGUUCACCUCUCCAGCCUGCACUUUUCCCUCUUGAAUUUUAUGCUCCAUCCUUCUUAAUCUUCUGUCAGUUCCUUGAAUGAAUUCACCAACUUCUGUAACCCCAGGACCUUUGCAUAUGCUCUUUUUUUACUGGGCCUGCAGUCCUUUCUACUCUUUGCCUAAUUCACUUCUAAACUUUUACUCUUUAAGUCUCUGCUUUAUUUGGGUUCUUUCCUAAUUCAGUUCAACCUAAAUUAGGUACCUGUGUUAAUUCUCCUUAAGAGCAUAUAACACUUGUGUCAUAAUACCACUUAUCUCAGUUUGCAAUUAAAUAUGUAUAUAUUUGUGAUUAUUUGUUUAAUGGCUAUUGCUCCGUAGGGUCUACAGGGGCAAGCUCACCAGGAUAUCCAUAUAGAGGCGCUCAGAAAAUACAGUUUUUCUUGAAUUGGCCUGGCUUGGUGGGAAUAUGGGCUUUGGCAGCAUGAAGUUCAAAUACCAGCUCUAUCCUUUAUGUCAGUAGUGUGAUCUUGGACAACCCACAUAGCCUUGCUGAGACCUCAUUUUGUUUAUUUGUAAAAGUUAUCUCUUGGAGUUGCUGUAGAAUUAAAUGACAACAUAUGUAAAGAACCUGGCUUCUAGAAGAAUAUCCAUGGGUAGCAUGUAAAUUUCCAUCCAUUCCUUUAAGAGAGCAGGGUAGGAAACCCCUUCCUUCAGGGGUAUCCCCUCUUUCUAGGGACCUAUCCAAGCUAGGCCUUUCUUCUAAUGAAACAGGCAUCCCGAGGGCUUCCGGGAUGAAGUGAUCAGCUGGGAGGCACCAGACCCUUCUUUGAUCUCUCCUGGGCUGGAUGGUGCAGCGGAGGCCUAUCCUGGUUCCCCAGCUGGGAGACACCCUGGGCGGGGCUUUGCUCACCGGAAGCACGCGGAGUGUGGGGAGGAGAGCCCCCUCUGCUAUGUAUGUGCCAACAACACCAGCGCUGCCGCGUCGGGUUCCGGUGGCCCCAGUCACACAUGAUGUCACAGACAAUGACACAACCCGGGUGUCUCAAUCCGACACAGCACUCAAGCUGCACAAUGUCACACCCAGGACACCCGGCACGCUGCGUUCACACUUGGCCACACGCGCCUCAGCCCUAGUCUUCCUGCGGCCGCUCUCGGCGUCUCCGCCAGAGCUGGCCCGGCCGAGUCGGGCAAGGGGCCGGCGGGCGAGCCCUCGGGCAGGCUGGCGACCGGGUGAUGUCACGGGCAGCGGUGGGUGGGUCACUCGGAGCCAUCGAGACCCAGAGCAGCAGUUCAGAAGAGAUAGUGCCCAGCCCACCCUCGCCACCUCCCCUCCCCCGCAUCUAUAAGCCUUGCUUUGUCUGUCAAGACAAAUCCUCAGGCUACCACUAUGGGGUCAGCGCCUGUGAGGGCUGCAAGGGCUUCUUCCGCCGCAGCAUCCAGAAGAACAUGGUGUACACGUGUCACCGGGACAAGAACUGCAUCAUCAACAAAGUGACCCGGAACCGCUGCCAGUACUGCCGGCUGCAGAAGUGCUUCGAAGUGGGCAUGUCCAAGGAGUCUGUGAGGAACGACCGAAACAAGAAGAAGAAGGAGGUGCCCAAGCCCGAGUGCUCUGAGAGCUACACGCUGACGCCAGAGGUGGGGGAACUCAUCGAGAAAGUGCGCAAAGCGCACCAGGAGACCUUCCCCGCCCUCUGCCAGCUGGGCAAAUACACUACGAACAACAGCUCAGAACAACGUGUCUCUCUGGACAUUGACCUCUGGGACAAGUUCAGUGAACUCUCCACCAAGUGCAUCAUUAAGACUGUGGAGUUUGCCAAGCAACUGCCCGGCUUCACCACCCUCACCAUUGCCGACCAGAUCACCCUCCUCAAAGCUGCCUGCCUGGACAUCCUGAUCCUGCGGAUCUGCACGCGGUACACGCCCGAGCAGGACACGAUGACCUUCUCAGAUGGGCUGACCCUGAACCGGACCCAGAUGCACAAUGCUGGCUUCGGCCCCCUCACCGACCUGGUCUUUGCCUUCGCCAACCAGCUGCUGCCCCUGGAGAUGGACGAUGCUGAGACUGGGCUGCUCAGCGCCAUCUGCCUCAUCUGUGGAGACCGGCAGGACCUGGAGCAGCCGGACAGGGUGGACAUGCUGCAGGAGCCGCUGCUUGAAGCACUGAAGGUCUAUGUGCGGAAACGGAGACCCAGCCGCCCGCACAUGUUCCCCAAGAUGCUGAUGAAGAUCACAGACCUGCGAAGCAUCAGUGCUAAGGGGGCUGAGCGGGUGAUCACGCUGAAGAUGGAGAUCCCGGGCUCCAUGCCGCCUCUCAUCCAGGAAAUGCUGGAGAACUCAGAGGGCCUGGACACUCUGAGCGGACAGCCGGGGGGUGGGGGGCGGGAAGGGGGUGGCCUGGCCCCACCCCCAGGCAGCUGUAGCCCCAGCCUCAGCCCAAGCUCAAACAGAAGCAGCCCGGCCACCCACUCCCCGUGACCGCCCGCACCACAUGGACACAGCCCUCGCCCCACACCCCGGCUUUUCUCUGCCUUUCUACCAACCAUGCGACCCCCACCAGCCCUGCCCCCACCUGUCUUUCCAGACAGUACAGGGGGACCUUCCCUGGGGGACGGGAGGGAGGAGGCAGCGACUCCCUGGACAGAGGCCUGGGCCCUCAAUGGACUGCCCGCUCCCCAGGCUGGGCUGACGUCAGGGGCCAAGGCCGUGAACUGAGUGAGGGCCCCUGGUCCUGGGCCUCAGGGUGGGGCCUGGGGGCCUCGUGUUCAUCAAGGUACCCCUCUGCCCACCUCGCCACAUCUUCAUCACCAGCAAAUGCCGGGACCUGGCUCCCCGUCCUCAGAACUCACAAGCCAUUGCUCCCCAGCUGGGGAACCUCAGCCUGCCCCCUGCCUUGGUUGGUGACAGAGGGGUGGGCUAGGGGUGGGGGUUCCCCCUGUACAUACCCUGCCGUACCAACCCCCAGGUAUUAAUUCUCGCUGGUUUUGUUUUUAUUUUAAUUUUUUUUGGUUUUGAUUUUUUUAAUAAGAAUUUUCAUUUUAAGCACAUUUAUACUGAAGGAAUUUGUGCUGUGUAUUGGGGGGAGCUGGAUCCAGAGCUGGAGGGGGUGGGUCCUGGGGGAGGGAGUGGCUCAGAGGGGCUCCUACACUCCCUCCCGUGUCCCUGUGCCCCCUUGCCCUCCUCAGCCUUUUCCUCCUCAGUUUUCUCUUUCAAACUGUGAAGUACUAACUUUCCGAGGCCUGCCGUCCCCUGCCUCGUGCUGUGGAACAGCCAGCCCGCUCUCCCCCUGCCUAACCACUGGGUGUGCACAGCCCGGCAGCCCCUGGAGGGAAGGGCCCUGGCCUUUGCACGAGGAGCAGGGCAGGGGCGAAGCGAGGGGGCGCUCGGAACCCACGGGGUGCGUGUUUGUGCACCCUGUCUCCCUGGCAGAGCUGCCUCCCAUCAGGGCCCCUGUCAUCCAAGCCCUCCAGCCCCUACUGAGGGGCUGGCCAGGGGUCUUGAGCUGCCCCCGUCCCUUGCCUCAGCCACCAGCACACCUGCAGGGCCCCAGACACACACACACAGACACACACACACACACUGUGGACCGUAGACAGGCCGGCACGCACUUGGCCUGAGUUCCUCCAUUUCCCUGGCCAGCCCCCACCCCUACCUGCCCCACACCGUGCCCCCUUCUUGCCCCGCAGGACGGGCCUACAGGGGGUCUCCUCCCCUCACCCCUGCACCCCCAGCUGGGGGAUGGGGGAGCUGGCUCUGCCCUGACCUCCGCGACCCGGGGUUGGGGUCUCAGCCCCCUGCAGCCCACUGGUGCACCUGUUACUGUUGGGCUUUCCACUGAGAUCUACUGGAUAAAGAAUAAAGUUAUAUUUAUUCUA